CAAUCCCUUCCUCCUCUUGCCCCUCCCCCACCCCUACUUGCUUGAUCCAGCAACAAAGAACAUUGACCGCAUACUGCAGUGCUUGCUGGAGGGAAGGGGAGUUGUGCUGAAGAACAGAAACAAGACUGUUUUGUGGAUGCAGAGCACGAUGCUGACUUUUCAUCAAGAAAUAUGUACUUACUGGGGAGAAGGAAAAAAAUAUUUCUUCCAAGGAUGAGCUAAUAUAUAUCCAGUUUGUGAAAAAGCUGGCUCAAGAGUGUCCCAUUUAACUAGACAUAUGCCUAGGAAAAUACAAGACCAGAAUUCUGAUGUUUUCAGAAGACCUAUACCUGCAGAUGGACUGGCAGGAUCCAUUCAGUCAGGAAGCUAUUUAAUGCCUAGAAAUUAGGACAAGUAUGUGAGAAGUCCAGUCAAUCAAUGUGGAUUUCUUCUAUCAGAAGUCUUCACUUUUGCCUGCUAUAGACCCUUUAGAUAUUCUUCUCUGUGCCAUGCUCUGUGGCUCUCAUCACAAGAGGAAUUUGUCUUCAUGAAGAUUCUUAACAUUGGUAAUGUGAUGAAUAAAUUUGAGAUCCUUGGGGUUGUAGGUGAAGGAGCCUAUGGGGUUGUACUUAAAUGCAGACACAAGGAGACACAUGAAAUUGUGGCUAUCAAGAAAUUCAAAGAUAGUGAAGAAAAUGAGGAAGUCAAAGAAACUACUUUACGAGAGCUUAAAAUGCUUCGCACAUUGAAACAGGAAAACAUAGUGGAGCUGAAGGAAGCCUUCAGAAGAAGAGGAAAAUUAUACUUAGUGUUUGAAUAUGUGGAAAAAAAUAUGCUUGAGUUGCUAGAAGAAAUGCCAAAUGGAGUUCCACCUGAAAAAGUAAAAAGCUAUAUCUACCAGUUAAUCAAAGCAAUUAACUGGUGUCAUAAGAAUGAUAUUGUUCAUAGAGAUAUCAAACCAGAAAAUCUUUUAAUAAGCCACUCUGAUGUUCUGAAGUUAUGUGACUUUGGCUUUGCUCGGAAUCUCUCAGAAGGAAGUAAUGCAAACUAUACAGAAUAUGUGGCCACCAGGUGGUACCGUUCACCUGAACUCUUGCUUGGUGCCCCCUAUGGGAAGUCUGUUGAUAUGUGGUCUGUUGGCUGCAUUCUUGGCGAACUUAGUGAUGGGCAGCCACUGUUUCCUGGAGAAAGUGAAAUUGACCAGCUUUUUACAAUUCAGAAGGUGCUAGGACCACUUCCAUCAGAGCAGAUGAAGCUUUUCUACAGCAAUCCUCGUUUUCAUGGACUGCGGUUCCCAGCAGUCAACCAUCCUCAAUCUUUGGAAAGAAGAUACUUAGGAAUUUUAAGUGGUGUUUUGCUUGACCUUAUGAAGAACUUGCUGAAGCUGGAUCCAGCAGAUAGAUACUUGACAGAGCAAUGUUUGAACCAUCCUUCGUUUCAAACUCAGAGACUCUUGGAUCGUUGUGGAAGUUCACCUUCACGAUCAGCUAAGAGAAAACCUUACCAUGACAGCAAUACAUUGUCUAACCGAAAUCAAGCCAGCAAAAGCUCUGUUGUACAGUCACAUCACAGAUCAAAUAGCAAGGACAUGCAGACUCUAGGGGCUGGACUGCAGAGAGGAGAAGAGGUUCUUCCAGCAAAUGAAAGUUUUAUAAAUGGAAACCUUCCUGUAUCUGCACACAGUCCAAUGCAUACAAAAAAACCUAGUAACCCAGCUGGAUCUGGCAACAAGGAUCUAGCCAACAACAACAUGCCACAUCUUCUCAGUCCAAAGGAAUCAAAGGCAAAAACAGAAUUUGAUUUUAAUUUGGACCCAAAAGCGUCUGAUGGUCCAGGUACAAAAUACCUGAAGUCAAACACCAGAUCUCAACAGAACCGGCACUCAUUUAUGGAAACUUCUCAAAGCAAAACUGGCACGCUGCAGCCAAGUGAGAAACAUAGUCGCCACAGUUAUAUUGAUACCAUUCCCCAGUCUUCAAAGAGUCCUUCCUAUCGGACAAAGUCAAAGAAUCAUGGGGUUCUGACAGACUCAAAAUCUGUGGGGAAUCUUUCUGAGGCCAGAGCUCAAAUUGCAGAACCAAAUAGCAGUAGGUAUUUUCCAUCAAGCUGCUUGGACUUGAACUCUCCUACCAGUCCUACACCUCCCCGGCACAGUGACAGUAGAACUUUACUCAGUCCUUCAGGGAGAAAUAACCGAAGUGAUGGUACCCUUGAUUCCCGAAGACCAUCAACAAGACAUUCCAAAACCAUGGAAGAGUUGAAGUUGCCAGAUCACAUGGAUACAAGCCAUUCACAUUCAUUAUCUGCCCCACAUGAAUCAUUUUCAUAUGGUCUAGGUUACACAAGUCCCUUUUCCUCACAGCAGCGCCCUCAUAGACAUUCCAUGUAUGUGAGCCGAGACAGAGUGAGGUCUAAGGGCUCAGAGGGUGGCUUAAGCGUAGGGCAAGGGAUGGCAGCCAGAGCAAACAGCCUGCAACUGUUAUCUCCACAGGUGCAGCAUAGGUCACUCACACGAUCUGUUGGCUCUUCACGGGAAGACUGUACAGAAGAUGCUAAUAGGCAGAGUGAUCAGAUCCCACCAGAGAUGAAUCUAACAAGACCUGCAGUUAAAGAUUCUUCCAGAGAUGUUACAACUUCAUUUCAUUCACAUCAGAAGUCUGAGGGUGGAACGUAUCAUGAUCCGCAUCCAGAGGAUGGAGCAUCUAGUAAAGAAAAUAGACUUCUGUAUAAUGACCCUGUUCCAAGAAGAGUUGGCAGCUUUUACAGAGUUCCAUCUCCACGUCCAGAGGGUACGUUCCUUGAAAACAGUGUGUCAAAUAGAGUCAGUGCAUUACCAGCAGACAGCAGCACCGUGACAAACCACUCAAAAAGGCAAACUACCUUUGAUCCAUGGAAAAGUCCUGAAAACGUUAACAGUCAGUCAGAGCAGCUCAAGGAAAAAGAAAAACAAGGAUUUUUUAGGGCAAUUAAAAAGAAGAAGAAGAAAUCUCAAACUAUAGAACCAACCAACGGGGACAAUCCAAGCAUCAAGAAAUCCCUCUUUCCUCUUUUUAAUUCAAAGAAUCAUUUAAAGCAUAGUUCUUCUUUGAAAAAGCUUCCUGUAGUCACUCUACCCAUGAUGCCUGGCAGUGAUGGUCAGGAUCUCUUGGCAAUUCAGAAAGCCAUUCACUCUUCCAAUCUCCAGAGCGGCAGGCCGAAGGAUUGGCAUCCUGAGAAGAUGACAGAAAUCCAGACUCAGAGCCAACCUUUAAAAUCCCUUCGGAAACUGUUACAUCUCUCCUCCUCCUCAAAUCAUUCUAUCCCCUCUGAAUCCCGCUUCCAGCCCUUACCAGCUCAGCCUGCCAAAGCUUCUUUUUCUGAAGUGCGAAUUCACCCCAUAAGUCAAACUUCCAGUAGCAGCAGCAGCAGCAAUGUGCGACAGGAGGCCCAAUCAAAAGGCAGACCGACACUUCAGAUACCAAGCCAGAUAGAACCAAGUUGGCAUGUCUCACCAGUGAACAGGAGUGCUAGUGACGGGACUUCGUACUCUGAUCAACUGCCUUCCAAGAGCGGACAGAAUGGGCCCACGUAUAGCCGAACAAACCGAUCCCGAAUGCCAAAUCUGAAUGAUUUAAAAGAGACGGCCUUGUAAUGGUACUCCAGAUGGUACCCCAGUUACCACAGGAAUUGGAGUGGAGAGUAUGGCGGUGGUGCCAGUGACAGUAAGACUGUAUUUUCCGCUUUUAUAAAAGUGUGCAAUAUGUACCUGUGGGGCUAUACUGUUGGCACCACACUGACAGUCAGGGAUCACACAGUAAAACAAGAUGAAUUAUUAAUUACCAGUCAUCAGAAAUCUCAUUGGAUGAUAGAGUGUGCAGUUCAGGGAGAAGAAAUGUGCUGCCAUUUUCUCUCAUUUACAUUCCAGCUCAGUGCACAUCUCUGAAAGCUGGGAGAGUUUGAGUAUAUACUGGCACUUCAAGGGGUGAGAAAUUAGUGUCUAGACCUAUGCCCUUACUACAUAUUUUACUGCCUAGUUAAAACAGUGGGGUUUAUGUGGUACAAGUAUCCCUGUGAAGGGUUGGAGUUGAAUUGUAUGUCUUAAUUUUGUUUUUUAAACUUCCAUAUUUGAUAGGAUUUGUAAUAUUUAUUUAUGAUGAACUAAUAUUGUACUGUUAUAAUCACAUCUUAUGUUACAAUGUAAAGUUAUUUUGAGCUGUUUGAAACAUUGUGAAGCAGUGCAACAGCUACCGUAGUUUCUAUAAAAACUAACAGUAACAUUUAUAUAUUGCAUCAGGAGUAUUUUAUUCUAUAUAUAAAUACAUGUGUGUGUAUAUAUAUAUAUACAUAUAUAUAUAUAUAUAAAAAUAAAUGGAAAAUAACUGUCUGUUUUUUUAAAAUAUACUCAUUUAAAAGAAAAGUAUUGUUAUGACACUAUCUGCCAUAUUUUUAUACAUUUGUGAUAUAAAGUGCAGUAUUAUACUUCUAAUAAAAGGGAGUUGAAUGUGGAUAUAAGUGUGACUGUAACAGUAUGAAUCUUGCUCAGCUAUUAGAGCGCAGUACUAUAGGCAUUACUAUUGGUAGCCACCGAAAGUGUAAUAUUUAGUUCAAAACUUUGUAUUGGCUGUUUUUUGGAGGUAACGGCUGAAUGUAAUAGACUACGGAUCUGUGCAGUAAUCUGAAUGUGGUAUAUUCUCCCCUACAUGUGCACUUAGCUUUCCCAUUAGUGUGAAUGGGAGUUGUGCAUCUGCAUCAAAAGAACAGAAAUCUUGGUAUCACUUAUCUUUCUGUAAAGGCAGAAAGUGCCUCUUUGCCACAGGCUGAAGCAGAUGCUCUUCCACUUCAAUAAUAGGGGUGAAGACCAAAGAAAUAUAGCGUGAGUUGCAAGUGACAUACAAAAGUAGUGACAUACAUAGCAUUACACUGCAAAUCAUGUUAUAAGCUUUUAUGCAUAUAUAUAUAUAUGUAUUUUACACUUCAUUUAAAAGUCUAUCUAGAAAGAUAAAUCUUGUAUUAAAAUUUAAAAUGCUCUUGCACUUUUUUCUUCCUGUUUCAGGAUAUACUGAAAACUACUAAAAUAAUGAUAUUCAAAUAGAGGUGGAAAUGGUGCCAGACAACUUAAUUUCUCCCUAAAGCUUGCUAUCAGAAUAUUCCCAUUCACAGUCAGUUUCCAGUUUCUACAGAAUAUUAGAUGUGAGAUUUCUGUCUCCUGUAGAAUAUUAUGAAAAGCAAAAAGAUUGCCUUUAAAACCAUGGAUUUUUUUAAGUGUAGCAAAUGCAGGGCCUGAUUUCCCUCUCACAGUAGCAUAAAUCAGGAGUAAGUCCACUGAAAAAGUAAAAAAAAAUUACACUAGAGUAAAUUUGGUGUAGGUGAGAGGAGCAUCAGGCUGUAGUGUCAGAACAAUACAUUUUUUCUCAUGUUUAAACUCACUUGUCCAACUUUCCUAUUAGUCUACAAUGUAGCUCACUUUUCUGCCUGUUAUCCACAUAAUGUAUAUUAAUUGUACUUAAAGAUAUUCUCUCCUUUCCAAAAAGAAGUGAACCUAAGCAUGAAUGUCAUAAUUCAGCCACUGAUAUAAAUGCAAAAAUAGCCAUCUAGGAACAUUUGGAGUUCCAAUUUCAUUUAAUAGUGCGAAAGGAGGGAGCAUUAAACACAAUUGACACCAAUAUUUGCAAAUCUGGCUCUUAGGAGACAGUAUGACGUGUUGUUUCAGGUUUGCACAGUACAAGAAAAAUGGUAACAAGUUUAACAAGCUACAAAGCAAAAAUUCUUGAUUUCUUAGCUGCCUGAAAGAAAUGUGCAUGUGUUUUUUCCCCCAGAUUUUAAUAUGAUAUAUGUAAUAUAUAAACACUAUAUAUUAUAUAUAAUAUUCAUGUGGUGGGUGUGAAAGGAUGCUUUUAAUGUCAUUUAUAAGCUCAGUAGACAAAAAUGCAGUUUCUAAUUUGAGAGUGGGGCUCUAAGCAGUAUUGUAUGUCUGUCUGUAAGAUUGGUAGUGUCCAGGGUUGGCUCUUUAGUCCGAUAAUAAUUUCUUUUUUCAUUAAAUAAUACAUCGCUUUCAUUUUGCCUCUAAAAGGCUCCUUACCUUGUUGGUAAGGCCUUCACACUUGUAUAAUCACAUUGGGCCAUUAGGCAGAUUUAUAGGAAGAAAUAGAAGCCUCGAGUGGAUUUCCUCUCAGCAUGCAAUAAGCUAAAUCAGAGAGAUUACUGUGUCCUGUCAGUCUUUUAAAAUACUUAUUGCAGCUUUGAGUAUGAUUCAAAAAACAUACAGAUUAUUGAGAGGUCCAAAUGUGUGAGAGCUCUCUAUCCUGUACUGCCGUUUCCUCCGUAGAAAUAUCUACAAACCUUGAUAAAUUAAGACAUCAGCAAACUGUGUUGAAUGUAUGUAAUUCUCUUCCUUCUGGUUUGAAAGAAAGUGAAUUUGUCACUUUGCAAACUGGUAUUGGUAUAAAUGUUCCUAUAUUUUUAACUUGGGCCUAAAUUUCCAACAGUUGGUGUAUUGCGAAUACAAUUUGGCUAAGGCUCCCAAAGGAAUCUUGUCAGGAUAACUCAGAUUUGCUAGCUCUAGAGUAGAGAAAAGCUUAUUAUAGCACAAGUGAUUUUUCAAGUAUGAGCUUUGUUUUUUGCCGAGAUUACUGGUCUCUAGGUCUAACUUUGUUAUAUAUUUAGUGAAUUUACUAAGAAUAAAGUAGCUAAAUUAGGGUUUAAGUUUCCUUUUCCUUGCCAAUUUGUUUUGCCUUAUGAUGGUGUUACUAAUGAGAACAUAAAAGAAACAAGCUCACAGGAAUUAAUUAGGAUCAUUUAUACAACUCAUGCUGUCUAAACUUGCCUCUGAGUUUGGCUCUUGUAAACUGAAAAAUAGGCACUUUGACCUCUUUUUAAUUAAAAUUUAAACAUUAACUUCAAACAAGCUUUUCACAUCUAUUAUGAAAAUUUGCUAACAUAAGUGCACAGAUUUUUUUUUUGUCCUUUUGACCAUAAUGAAAAAAUUAAUUAUAUAGUACUCACCUUUGUGGGAGGAGGGAAGUAUAUAUUCAGAGCAAAUGGAAUUUUGCUCCACCAGCACACUCAAAGGUUCUCUGGAGAGCACCAUCACUGUUCCGAGUGCUAGCAGAGGUUAUGGUGGGAGAAGAACAGUGAGUAGCACUCCCUGCUUCAGAAAGUCAACCUGCAACUCUAAAAAUGUUCUAAACCACAGAGCUCGGGACCAACAUUAAACUCUGAUUCCUGUUGCCAGAUCAGACCCAGACUUAAAAACUGGAUGUAUGGGUGCUAAAGUCUCUGCAUUUUAAUGCAUGAUUAUAGACCACCAUUCUCUUAGAUCAAUGUAAAGACAGGCAUCAGAUCGAUUCAUCCUCAGAUAACGUGCAGAACUGUUGCCUUCCUUUCUCACACAGGUUUCUGGAAAGAAAGGUGGGUUAUGCUUUGAAGAGGAGGACUGGUGGUAUUGCAGAGGCUGGAGACUUUUUGGCCGCUAUUUGGUGGUUCAGAUGGGUCCCUAUGAAAGAUCAUCUGAUCAUAGAAGUUUGAAAAGCCACAAAAUAAUGACUAGAUUUUUAUUUUCCUCACAAGUUCUUACAAGUGUGAGUUUAUUACAUUGUAGUGGUCAUCCUUAAAACUUUGCUGCUUGUCCUAAAUAAUCUACAGUAUUUAGGCAUUGCUUAUAAUUGGAGCAAUGGAACUUAACUAAUGUUGGAGAUGUUAUUGCUUAUCUAAAGUAAAAUUGGCUAUCUUUUAAGGGUGAUCACGAGAUAGCAAGUCAAUUGGGCUCCUAUUCUGGUUGCAGUUGUUCAUGGUCCUAAAACAAUUUGGAUGUCAGGUUUUAAAUUUUUGUACGUCAAAUGAAUAAUAUAGAAUUCUAACUGUGUGUGAGAGAGUAGAGCUAUGAGAAACAUGACUCCCAGUAAGUCAGUCCCACAAGAAAUAUUCUGAAUAGCCAUAAUGAUGUUUUGCAAUAUUUGUGUAGGUUGUGAACAUUCAUUUUAACUUCUUCAUUGUCUCUUGGCAGACUGCAUACAUCCAAAAAGGGGACCACUCUGUCUGUCACACAGCUUUGCUGUUGUAGAGUUGAUGUAAAUAGGCCUAGUGUGUACAGUGAAGGGAGUAUGACAGGAGAUGUUAAGAAAGGUAAAGUGCCGUAUUUAACCAUUUCUAAAAUAUCCUUCAGUCAGGAUACUAGUGUCGGUACAGGUGCCUUUCCCCCUUACAAUUUCCUUUGUCUGUCUCUGUCAUAAUGUUGACCACUUCAUAAAUUGCGGUUUGCAGUGAAUGAGGAGAAAAGCCAUUUAACAACUGCUAGCCUUUGGGAUAUUUAAGGAGCAAUUUUCCAGUAAAGGAGUAUUGUUGCAUAAAGUCUUGUUGUGUCAGAUGUUGUGAGAACUGCAAAGAUUUUCUCUGACCAAACAUCAGCCAAAUCACAAGCAAAAUUUUUGGGGGAAGACUAUCUAUAAAUGGAAAAUCUUUAGCUGAGUGGCCUGCGUUAACCCCCCCUGUAUGUAUAAGAUAGAAAUUUGAUAAAUUUAGGUUAUAGUUUACCUGCACUUAGUUCCACAUGGCUGUUGUUCAUGAUCAAGGGUAUCUUGUGUUCAGUCAGUUGGUUGCAUCAAGAGGACCUAACCUAAUACGCACAAGAUUGGUUGUAAGAUCAGCCAUCUUUGUGUUGUCCAUUUGGAUGCUCUCCCUCCAUUAAUUCAAUAUACUGUGUUCAAUCCCAACCCUUCUGAAUGUAAUUCAAAACAUGUAGCCAGACGAAUGUGACUUUUGGUGUGUCAGCCCAGGAGACCAAAUAUGGAGUUGAUGGCUUAACAGGCUUAAGAGAUCAGGGAAGUAGCUCUGGACCUUUCCUGUCCUCCCUACAAAUUGAUCUACCUCCUCUCUCUUGCAGAAUGUGGUCACGGUUUGCUUAGUUAGCCCUCAGUUUACCAUUGACUUUUAGCAUGUAGUUUUUACAGAAAAAUAUCCAUAAAUUAUUCCAUUUUACACUUUAGCAUAGGAGAGUUAUGUGGUUUUAGGCGCCUAAUAACAGAGCUUCAGUAAGCCUUCAUCUGGACAUGCUUCUAAAACCCUCUAAGCCAGAUCAGCUCCUCUAAUAAAAUCUUGUCACCUUGCACUGCCUUUCAGUCUUCCCUUAGUGCUCUCCGUUUAUUUCCAUGUAGUUUUCAAAUAUUGAAGUUGCCUUGUUCUUUGCUAUUGCUCUAGUGCAGAUUAUCAGGGAGAUAGAGGCCUUAUCUAUUACUCCACCCUGGUUUGCUGUUCUACACAGAGACAGCUAUCCUUAGACUUGCUCAGGAUUUUCUUCAGUUUAGUUUUUCACUUCAUCUGAGGAAGAAAUCUUCUCAGUCCCAGUUACCUCUGCCCAACUACAAAAAAACCCCAUCCCUAUUAUGUGUUAGAAUACAAUAGAACAAGCACCCAGACUAAGCUUUUACAGGGCCUUGUUUGUCUAGGUCCAGUCUGAGGAAAACCUCAGAAAUAGAGGGUGGCAUCAAAAAUGUACAGGUCUGGGAAUGGCAGCUCACAGUAACUGAUUAAUUAAAUCUCAGUUGCCAAAGUAUGUCCACAGCACAAAAUAUGAAUUUCUGCAAAUCUAUUGCAGCUGAAGUUUUUGGUAUAAUCACUUGAGAUAGUCUGCCAUCUGAUUUAUAGCAAGGUUUAGUAAAAGAAGCCUGAAGCAUAGGUUGUGUUCUCAGCUUUCUGUCUCCCCCAGCAAGGUAUUUUAGUAGUCCUAUUUUAGGUGCACCAUAUGAAAGGACAUGUCUCAUUAAAAGGAGUAAUUUCUAACCUAUAAAUUUGGAUUAUGUGGAAUAAUGAUCAUGAACCGAAAUCCUCCCUGAAAGUGUAAUGUUAUAGGAAAUUCCAUUGAAGCAUUUGUAAAUCAGGUUAAUCCAUGAAGAAAAUCAUUCAGAACUGCUUAGAUCUCCACUGUCAAAUAUUAAAUUGUGUGGUUUCAAAGGAAAUGGCAUGGCCAAAGAACAAAGCUUUGAGAACUUGAUAAUAUUUUUCACCACCUUGCAGAAAGGGCUAUACUAAAAGUAUAAGAGAUUGUGGAGGUAGUUUUUCCAAACUUCCAAAUUUAUUGGUAAAGAAUUACCCACUUCGAUUAGCAGCUAUUAGAUAUUCUAAAACGCACAAACUUUUAAACCUACCAUACUUUCUGUUGUGGAAGGGAUGUGAUGUGGUGUUAAACUUUUUAAUUCUUGAAUACAACUGAUUUUAAAAUGUGCUGGCUAUUUAAAGAAGACUUCACACAAGUUAAUAAACCAUGUGUAAAGUGUUUAUAUACAGCUCUUUGUAUCAUGUUGUUGGUACAUCGUAUCUAUUAUUUUUGGGCAUGUAUUCCAUUCUUAACUUAUGUACAAUUUCUAUUGUUGCUGUAAAUAUUAUAAAAGAGAAAACUAUCUUGUGGUAACCUUAAUUAUCAGCAUGGAAAUGGUUAAUUUUUACUGAGCACAAUGUAUUUUUGACUGGGCCUUCCAAACUCUGUCUUUAAUAAAAUGCAGGUUUUGCACUAGAAAA